AUGUAUCGGAAGUUGUCUAAGUUAGAACACUCGGAAAUAAAACAACUUCUUACAGAAGCUAACAUAGAAGUAGCAAAACAUUACGCAACAAACAAAAAAGCACUCGCUGACUUCAUUAAAGACUACAAUGGUGCAAUAAGUUAUGAUAGAAUUCAUGAGUUCAUAAAGCCGCAACGCGGCGAGGACGAAGUCCAUGCAAGAGCAUUUCCUUUAAAUGACGUUGCUAUUGACUUAUAUCAUAGACGUUCAGUACCUCAUGAAGUAAGAAGAGAAAUGUUUGACAUAACAAAUGCAAACGUUGGUGAAACAAGAAGAAGAGACGACACACUGAAACAACAGAGAAGAGAGAUGUUUAAAAGUGCUAUAGAACAAGUUCGCAAAGCUAACGAUGUCCUUCGUUCCAUUGACGACAAACCAAAAGAAGGUGAGAGAUGGUUAAAGAAAGAUGAAGAGAAUAGGAAGAGAAAUGUGAAGUCAGGCAAUAGACUCAUUGACUUUGACAUCGAAGCUUUAGAUGAACCAAACAGAGACUACUUACACAAACAUUUCGGUAAGGUUUUCAUGAGACUCUUAGAGAAGAUUAAAAUAAACUCCCAACAAAGAUGGAUGGUAUGUUAUAAACUUGGUGGAAAGUAUGAAUGUUCUACGUUAAACCUCAAUAAUAUUGGAACAUUACUACAUCAGCUCUUGAAGGAGAACUUUAUAUCAGAGAUAGAAGCAAAUGCUGCAGGUAUUGUUGAAAUGCACUAUGACUUCUUCUUGACAAACAUAAAGAAUCUUACUGAAAUAAAGAUGUAUGAUUUAACAGAAUAUGAAGGCUUAACGAUGUCAGAUGUAAAGAAAGGCAAACCAAAAAAGAGACCCUAUAGAGAUGAAAGCACACUGACAAAUGACCAGAAAGCCAUUUUGGAAGCUCUUAAGCAAACAGGAAACCCAGCACUUAUAGAAAGCUUUUGGAAAGAUAAUGGUGAAAAGAAGUUUUAUAAGAAGAGAAGCG